AUGAGAAAAGAUCCGCGCAGGCGCAUUAGCAGCGGUAAUGUCCGCGCAGCUGCCAUCUGCGCGCCACCGUCGCCGCUACCGCCGCCGCCGCCUCCGCUGCCAUCCCUAGUCGGGUUGUCGCCUCGCACCACCGCCUUCCCGCAGCUCUGCAAGCGCCGAAGCUUCCGCUACCACUGUAGCCGUCUCACCACUCCUGCCACCAGUAGGUGCCGUUCCCAAAAACCAGUUACCGCGACCAAACGACCAGACACUCCCUCCGCUAGGCUGCGCCACUGCAGUAACGAUCAGGCUUUAGAGAGGACGGGGGUGGCCCUGCGUGGCGGUGCUGGGGUGGAGGUCGAAGCACUAGGGAGUGGAGGGCGGUGGGUAAAGGCGUGCCGAGGCCGCCUCGCAGGGGACAGGUGGGAGCGCCAAGAAGUGCCCCAGCAUGCACCGGGAGAUGUACUACAAAGAGGAAGUGGUAGUGGUGGUGGUAUAGAUGGUGUUCGUGGUGGUGGUGGUGGUGGUGGUGGUGGUGGGUCGCGGGACGGCGCACCCAAGAGCCCACCGCUGGUGUCACUCGGUGCUACUACCUCAGAAGGCUGGAUCGGGCGGUGA